AUGCCCAGUUUCGAGGUGACUCUCCAGCAACUCAAUGACCUGCUGACGGAUGACAGCGGCUUGUACAGCUGGCCGACCAAACACUUCCACGAAGUCUACCCGCGGAUCUACGUGGGCAACGCGUUCGUGGCGAUGAACGCGAUGCGUCUGAAGCGUCAGGGCAUCACCCACAUCCUAAACGCCGCGGAGGGGAACUCCUUCAUGCACGUCAACACCAACACUGAGUUCUACGCUGGCACGGGCAUCAUCUACCACGGCGUACCAGCCAGCGACACAGACCACUUUGACAUCAGCGUGUUCUUUGAGGAGGCAGCAGACUUCAUUGAGAAGGCGCUGGCGUACAAAAACGGAAAAGUGUACGUUCAUUGCAGGGAAGGCUACAGCCGCUCGCCCACCUUGGUCAUAGCCUACCUGAUGCUUCGCCAGAACAUGGACGUCCACACCGCUCUGGCCACGGUGCGGCGGAAACGAGAGAUCGGACCCAACGAUGGCUUCCUUCGGCAGCUCUGUCGGCUGAACCAGCGGCUGUCUGCCGAGGGAAAGUCCUGGAACAAAUGAAGCAGAGAACACUGUACGUAAGACAGAGAGCAAAGUAUGCUUACACAUCACUUUCUUUCACUCGUUCUACAACUUUAACGGGCCGCAGAUCCUUGAGGGGAUGAUCCUGAAGGGAGGAUAGAGGAAAAUGAACGACAUUCUCUCUUAAACUUAGGCUGACGGCAAUAAGUGUAUGUAUAGUACAAAAUAAUACACGCCAACCUUUGAC